AUGAUGGUGAUUGAGGCGAGGGUUCCUUUUGAGAAUGGCUCGUCGUCAGAUUCUGAUGGUUACAAGAGGAAAGGUCGUAAAGUGAAUACUCAACAGAAUUCUAAAAAAGGUUCGAAGACACGCUCUCGUGGGCCGAAAUCAUGUCGAUCAACUGUGGAUUACACAGAAAAAGGAUCCGACGAAGAUAUAGAUGAAAAUGACGUACUUGAGUGGGAAGAAGACAAGAAGUCGCCUUCUUCUGUAGCAGUCAAUGCAGAAACCAUCGAACGUGUUAUCAAGUCGAGAAUGGGAUCUGUUGGAGCCACUGGUUCUGCCACCACAUGCUAUAAUGUAGCGGAAAAGGGUGAUCCCAAUGACCCGUCAUCUGAUUCACUAGAACAACAAUUCCUCAUCAAAUGGGUUGGAUGGAGUCAUUUACAUAACACAUGGGAAUCGGAAGCAUCAAUUGCUGCUAUGGGUGCAAAUGGUUCCAAAAAAAUAUAUAAUUUUAUCAAAAAGCAAAAGGAAAUGGAGGAAUGGAAACGUACAGCAGACAAAGAAUAUAUAGAAUUCUAUGAAUGUGAGCAAGUAAUGAACGAAGAGCUUUGUGAAGAAUACUUGAAGGUUGAACGAAUAGUUGCUCAUCAGGUCUCUCGGGAUCGAAAUGCAGAAGGAGUAGAGGCGACCGAGUAUUAUGUGAAAUGGUGUGGGCUUUCUUAUUCCGACUGUACGUGGGAAGAUGCCAAACUCUUGCCUCCUGAAAAGAUUGAAUCUUACCAUCGUAGGAUAGAGAACUAUCGAGCUCCCAGUAAAAAUGCAGCGGUCUUACGUAAGAGGCCCAAGUUUGUGAAGUUCGAAAAGAUGCCGUCAUUCCUCAAAACUGAAGGCAAGGAUUAUUCUCUUCGCGACUAUCAGCUUGAAGGUUUGAAUUGGAUGCUGCACGCUUGGUGUAAGCACAAUUCAUGUAUUCUCGCGGACGAGAUGGGUUUGGGUAAGACGAUUCAAUCAAUUGCUUUCCUGGCUGCUCUCUAUCACAAGUAUGAACUCUAUGGGCCAUUUCUUGUUGUUGUGCCGUUGUCAACAAUGGCGGCGUGGCAAAAGGAGUUUGCACAAUGGGCUCCAGAUAUGAAUCUUGUCACAUACAUGGGUGAUGUGAACUCGCGUGAACAGAUUCGGCAGUUCGAAUGGUAUGUGGCGGGAACGAAGAAAAUCAAAGUCAAUGCUGUUCUGACCACAUAUGAGAUUCUUCUCAAAGACAAGCCAUUUCUUGGAAGUUUCCAAUGGGCAGCCUUGGCUGUUGACGAAGCCCACCGCUUGAAAAAUGACGAAUCCUUGCUGUACAGUUGCCUGUCUUCGUUCAACUGUGACCACCGCCUUCUAAUCACCGGCACUCCUCUGCAAAACUCAUUGAAGGAGCUCUGGGCAUUGCUGCAUUUUAUCAUGCCAGAAAAAUUCGCGAGCUGGUCCGAGUUCGAGGCUGGUCAUAACGACAAGGAUCACAAAGGAAUUUCAGCUCUUCAUCGAAAACUGGAGCCGUUUCUCCUAAGACGUGUCAAGAAGGAUGUUGAGAAGAGUUUACCACCGAAGCUCGAGCAAAUUUUGAGAGUGGAUAUGACUGCCCAGCAAAAACAAUAUUAUAAAUGGAUAUUGACGAAAAAUUAUCGUGAGCUGUCGAAAGGUGUAAAAGGCUCUAUUAAUGGCUUUGUAAACCUCGUUAUGGAACUGAAAAAAUGCUGCAAUCACGCUUCCCUUGUACGCCAGUACGAUCAUUUCGAAAACGAUCCACAAGCGCGGUUACAGCAACUUCUGAAGUCAUCCGGAAAACUGAUAUUAUUGGACAAGCUGCUGUGCCGCCUGAAGGAUACUGGUCAUCGUGUACUAAUAUUCUCCCAAAUGGUCAUGAUGUUGGAUAUCUUGCAAGAGUAUCUACAGCUGAGGCGAUUCCCUGCCCAGCGUCUUGACGGUUCAAUGCGAGCUGAUUUACGAAAGCAAGCACUAGACCAUUACAAUGCGGAGGGCUCCACCGACUUUGCCUUUCUCCUUUCCACCAGAGCAGGAGGACUUGGUAUUAACCUAGCAACUGCAGAUACGGUUAUCAUAUUUGACUCCGACUGGAACCCCCAAAACGACUUGCAAGCUAUGAGCAGGGCUCAUCGGAUAGGGCAGACGCGUCAGGUUAAUAUAUACCGCUUGGUAACUCGUAACUCGAUGGAAGAGGAGAUCGUAGAGAGGGCUAAGCGUAAGCUUGUGCUCGAUCACCUUGUCAUUCAACGAAUGGACACUACAGGGCGAACUGUGCUUUCAAAAUCGACUACCGCUGGUGCCCGAUCUGUUCCUUUCGAUAAAAAAGAACUAAACGACAUUUUGAAGUUUGGCGCUGCUGAUCUGUUCAAAGAAGAUGACGGCGAGGAGCAAGAACCAGAGGUUGAUAUCGACCGUAUACUGAGUGUGGCAGAGACAAGGGACGCUGAUGAUGCUCAGGAAACGGGUAGCGAGCUGUUGAACUCUUUUAAAUAUGCGAACUUCUCCAUCAACGAGGAACAGGAUGUCGCAGCGGCGGCCCAGCAUCAAGUAUCCUCGUCGGGGAACGGUGAUGAUUUUGGCGCUGAGUGGGAUGCGAUUAUCCCUGAAGCGGAACGUCAAAAAGUGGAAGAGGAGGAACGAAGAAAACUGGCUGCUGAUCUCGAGCUGGCUCCAAGGCAGCGUGUGAAAGUUGAUAUAGAAGAGGCAGAUGAAGGUGAGGCCUCGGCAUCCGAUGGUGAAGCGGAAAAUAGUGGAAGAAAGAAGCGUAAAAAGGCGUUCGGUGAUUUCAUGGGUGGAGAGGUGAAACGGUUCGUCCGUUCAUUCAGAAAAUUCGCACAGCCGCUCCAGAGACUUGAAGCUCUUGCUCAAGAUGCUGAGCUCGAAGAGCACAGUGCAGAGGAAUUAAGGAAACUCGCAGAAGCGCUGUUGGAAGGAUGUGAAAAAGCCGAGCAUGAUCAUGAAGCGAUGAAAAACGAAGUGAAAACACAGGGAGACUCUGAAAAGAACGUGAAGGAGCGUGGACCAUGGUUCAAAUUUGCUGGUGUCGUUGACGUCAAUGUGCGCGCUAUUCGGAAACUCCACAGAGAAUUGGAACCGCUACACUGUGCACUGAAUGGUGAUGCUGCAGACGACUUCAAGCCACCGCACAAAGCACGGGCCCAGAAGGGAUGGGACGUUGAAUGGUCUUCUGUGGAUGAUGGUGCUUUGUUACGAGGCGUCUAUAAGUAUGGCAUUGGAAGUUGGGAAGCUAUUAAGAUGGAUCCGGAUCUUGGACUUGCUGAUAAGAUCUUUCUCAAAGAUAAGGUUCGGAAGCCGCAACCACGACACGUCCAGCAGAGAGUUGACUACUUGUUAAAAUUGAUGGACAAAUCUGGUAAUGGGAUCAAAACGAUGCGCAUGUCAAAUAUAACCAAUAGAAAACGCAAAGCGCCUGACGAUGAUCAAGGGAAGUCCACUCCCAUAGAAGAAAAGAAACGUCGUGAGAAGGAACAUCACCAUCAUCAUCAUCAUCAUCACCAUCACCAUCAUCAUUCUCACCAUCAAUCACAACAAGCAAAGAGCACUGUUCGAGACAAAACAAUCGCUGACCAGUUGGCUUUGGUAGCCAUAGAAAAGUCUAUAUAUGGUCAUGCGCUUGAAGACACAAGUGAUCGCCCAUUUUCAGAAUGUGUAAAGAUGAUGCGACCAGUACAAAAGUACAUCAAGAAGUUAGCAGAAGCUAGUGGGGAAAAAGAAGCGGCUAAAUAUCUUAUUAGGCUUGGCGACAACUGCAGAGACCAAAUUGAGGAGCUGCUAAAGAAAAAACCAAAGACAAAUGUACGCAAAUGGUAUAACUACAUGUGGAUCUUCCUGUCAAAAUUUGUGUCCCAGGAACCAAUGGAAAUGUUGGAAAAGUACCGUGAACUGUGCGCAGCGAAUCACCGCCAUAAGCACCGCGAACACAAUCAUAAUAUGCAGAAAGACCGAAUACCGCAAAAACAUGAUGGAGAGGCAAGGAAGGACAAAGAUAGAGACAAAAAAGGCAGUAAAGAACUUCACAAGAAGAAGCAUCAUCAUAAAGAACACAAACCUCUCAAAGACCACCGGUUAUAUAAGCCUCAUGAAGGUCACAAAGACCGUCAUUUUCCUCGUGACGAUGCUCCGACCGAGUACCGCAGUCCGUUACAGGACGAGUAUCGGAAUUCGCCUCUCGCCCGACCUCCCGUGCUCUCAUCAACUUCCCGGUAG